UCCCCCUCUGGACGAGAGACCGAGUAAGCGAGCUGGGGGUGGGAAGAAGAGUGCAGAGGACCGGCGAGGCGCGCCAGCCUGAACCACCUCCUUCUCGGCCGCCCCCUCCCCACUCCCCCGACACGCUCGCUCGCCGGCGCGCGCACACCCCCCGCGCCGGACCCGCACCUCGGCGGGCGCCACACACUCGGCAGCCCGAGCCACGGUAGCCGCAGCGGGAUGGAGGCGGCGCGCACGGAGCGCCCCACAGGCUGGCCAGGGGCGCCCCUCGCCCGGACAGGGCUUCUACUCCUGUCAACGUGGGUCCUGGCAGGUGCCGAGAUCACUUGGGGCUCAACGGGCGGUCCCGGGCGCCUCACGGCUUCUCGGUCACCGGCGUUGUCUCCUCUGUUGCCGCGGGCAGUGGAGAACCAGUGGCCGGAGGAGCUGGCGACGGCGCGGAGACCCGCCGCGCUGGGGCGCCGGCCUAGACCAGAGCUGCCGCCCCAGUCUCGGGGCAUUGAGAUGCAGGUUGGAGCCGAGGGUACGUCGCCUGAAGGCGCGCGGUGGGUCCAGGGCAUCCCGGCUCCUGGCAAGCCUGGCGGCACGAGGAGGAGUCGCCGGGCACAGCCCCCCAGCGCCCUGGAGCGCGGGGACGCCCGGGCUACGGCUUCUGCCGAAGGUUCCAAAGGAAGCCGCCCUCUGGCUAAAGGUUCCCGGGAGGAGGUGAAGGCCCCUCGGACUGGGGGAUCAGUGGCUGAAGAGCUCCGACUGCCUAGCACUUCUUUCGCGCUGACCGGGGACUCGGCCCACAAUCAAGCAAUGGUGCACUGGUCCGGGCACAACAGCAGUGUCAUACUGAUCCUGACGAAGCUGUACGACUUCAACCUGGGGAGCGUGACUGAGAGUUCUCUUUGGCGGUCAACAGAUUACGGCACCACCUAUGAAAAGCUGAAUGACAAAGUGGGUUUAAAGACUGUCCUCAGUUACCUCUACGUCAAUCCCACCAACAAAAGGAAGAUCAUGCUUCUUAGUGAUCCUGAAAUGGAAAGCAGCAUAUUGAUCAGCUCAGACGAAGGGGCCACGUAUCAAAAGUACCGCCUCGCCUUCUACAUCCAGAGCCUGCUCUUUCAUCCCAAGCAAGAGGACUGGGUGCUGGCCUACAGUUUGGAUCAAAAGCUCUACAGCUCCAUGGACUUUGGAAGACGGUGGCAGCUCAUGCAUGAGCGCAUCACACCCAACAGGUUUUACUGGUCGGUGGCUGGACUGGAUAAGGAGGCGGACCUGGUGCACAUGGAGGUGCGGACUGCUGACGGAUAUGCUCACUACCUCACCUGCAGGAUCCAGGAAUGUGCAGAGACAACUCGGAGUGGUCCCUUUGCCCGCUCCAUUGACAUCAGCUCUCUGGUUGUCCAGGACGAAUAUAUCUUCAUUCAGGUAACAACGGGUGGAAGAGCCAGCUACUAUGUAUCCUAUCGAAGAGAGGCCUUUGCUCAAAUCAAGCUGCCCAAGUACUCCUUGCCGAAGGACAUGCACAUCAUCAGUACAGAUGAGAACCAAGUGUUUGCAGCCGUCCAAGAGUGGAACCAGAAUGACACCUACAACCUCUACAUCUCAGACACACGUGGGAUCUACUUUACCCUGGCUAUGGAGAACAUUAAAAGCAGCCGAGGUCUAAUGGGAAACAUCAUUAUUGAAUUGUAUGAGGUAGCAGGUAUCAAAGGGAUAUUCCUGGCAAACAAGAAGGUGGAUGACCAGGUGAAGACUUACAUCACUUACAACAAAGGCAGAGAUUGGCGCCUACUGCAAGCUCCGGAUGUGGACCUGAGAGGAAGCCCAGUGCACUGCUUGCUGCCCUUCUGUUCCUUACACCUGCACUUGCAGCUCUCAGAGAAUCCAUAUUCCUCAGGCAGAAUCUCAAGUAAGGAGACAGCCCCAGGACUGGUGGUGGCCACAGGCAACAUUGGCCCAGAGCUCUCCUAUACUGAUAUCGGUGUGUUCAUCUCCUCUGACGGGGGCAACACAUGGAGACAGAUCUUUGAUGAAGAGUACAAUGUCUGGUUCCUAGACUGGGGUGGCGCCCUCGUAGCCAUGAAACACACACCUCUGCCAGUCAGGCAUUUGUGGGUGAGUUUUGACGAGGGCCACUCCUGGGACAAGUAUAGCUUCACUUUGCUUCCUCUCUUCGUGGAUGGGGCUCUGGUGGAGGCAGGAGUAGAGACCCACAUCAUGACAGUCUUUGGCCACUUCAGCCUCCGCUCUGAAUGGCAGUUAGUGAAAGUGGACUACAAGUCUAUCUUCAGCCGGCGCUGCACCAAGGAGGACUAUCAGACCUGGCACCUGCUCAAUCAGGGAGAGCCUUGCGUCAUGGGAGAAAGAAAAAUAUUCAAGAAACGCAAGCCAGGAGCUCAGUGUGCCCUGGGCCGAGACUACUCGGGGUCAGUGGUCUCAGAACCCUGUGUCUGUGCCGAUUGGGACUUCGAGUGCGACUAUGGCUAUGAGAGACAUGGGGAAAGCCAGUGUGUCCCAGCUUUCUGGUACAAUCCAGCAUCCCCAUCAAAGGACUGCAGUCUUGGCCAGAGCUACCUGAACAGCACUGGGUACCGGAGGAUUGUGUCCAAUAAUUGCACUGAUGGAGUAAGGGACAAAUACUCCGCCAAGGCCCAGUUGUGUCCUGGAAAAGCCCCUCGGGGCCUCCAUGUGGUGACGACUGAUGGGCGCCUGGUGGCAGAGCAGGGACACAAUGCAACCUUCAUCAUCCUCAUGGAAGAGGGUGAUCUCCAAAGGACAAACAUCCAGCUUGACUUUGGGGAUGGCAUUGCCGUGUCCUAUGCUAACUUCAGCCCAAUUGAAGAUGGCAUCAAGCACGUGUACAAGAGUGCGGGGAUCUUCCAGGUGACGGCCUAUGCAGAGAACAGCCUUGGCUCCGACACAGCCGUCCUCUUCCUGCAUGUGGUUUGUCCUGUGGAGCAUGUUCACCUCCGAGUUCCAUUUGUUGCCAUAAGAAAUAAAGAGGUCAACAUCAGUGCCGUUGUGUGGCCCAGUCAACUGGGGACACUUACCUAUUUCUGGUGGUUCGGCAACAGCACAAAGCCCCUCAUCACCUUGGACAGCAGCACUUCCUUCACAUUCCUGGCAGAGGGAACCAACACCAUCACUGUCCAGGUGGCUGCCGGGAAUGCCCUCAUCCAGGACACUAAAGAUAUUGCAGUUCAUGAAUACUUCCAGUCCCAGCUCUUGUCCUUCUCUCCCAAUCUGGAUUUUCACAACCCUGACAUUCCCGAGUGGAGGCAAGACAUUGGCAAUGUCAUCAAGAAAGCCCUGGUUAAAGUGACCAGUGUCCCAGAAGACCAGGUCCUUGUUGCUGUGUUCCCUGGCCUCCCCACCUCAGCAGAGCUUUUCAUCCUCCCACCCAAGAACUUGACAGAGAGGAGGAAAGGCCACGAAGGAGACCUAGAACAAAUUGUAGAGAUACUGUUUAAUGCUCUAAACCAGAACUUGGUCCAGUUUGAGCUGAAACCAGGGGUCCAGGUCAUUGUGUAUGUCACACAGCUGACAUUAGCUCCACUAGUGGAUUCCAGUGCUGGUCACAGCAGCUCCGCCAUGUUGAUGCUCUUGUCAGUGGUGUUUGUUGGCCUGGCUGUGUUUUUGAUCUACAAGUUUAAAAGGAAAAUUCCUUGGAUUAACAUCUAUGCCCAAGUACAACAUGACAAGGAGCAGGAGAUGAUCGGGUCAGUGAGCCAAAGUGAAAAUGCCCCCAAAAUCACACUCAGUGACUUCACUGAGCCCGAGGAACUGCUGGAAAAAGAGUUGGACACUCGGGUCCUAGGAGGCAUCGCAACCAUUGCGAACAGCGAAAGCACAAAGGAGAUCCCCAACUGUACUAGUGUUUAACACCAACAAGCCACGUGGUCAACCACCUUUCUGACUUUUUAUUUUUGAUGACUAUUAUUACUAUUAUUAUAGAAAAAUGAAAAAUGUCUUUUUUACCUUUUGUUUACCAAGGGCCCCCUCAUAAAUCCCAGGCAGAUGCUUAGCUUUGGAGAAAAAGGCAUUCUUAGCUGAUUAAAACGAGACAAAAAGAAUCAAUGGCUGUAUUUGUGCUAAAGGCAAAGGAUGCAUCUUCCCACAGCCUCCUCGCUUUAUUCUGCCAUUUGUAACGCAAAGACUCUCUUUUUCCUUGUGGUGUCUCUCUCGCGCUCUCUUUUUAAAAUUCAAGUUGGGUUUUGGCUUUUCAUUAAUCUGCUAUUACCCCCCCCCCCCCAAGGUCACCAACACUCCCAUGCCCUGGCACACACUCAUAAAACACAAAUCAUUUCCCAGUUCGAUCUGCAGGAGGUAGGUUGGUGGGGAGUGGACUUAGCUGCAGGAAGCGUGCACACCUUUCUAAAGAGGCCCUGCCUCGUGCAUGUCCAUAGCGAGGCUGCAGAUGGCUUAUUGUACAUAACAUACAGUGUAAAUAGCUUUUUAUUUCCUGAGAAAUAAUUUAAUGUUUAGUAAAAAAGAAAACAGAAAAAAGAAAGAUGCGCGUGUUGGCUUACGCACUCACCCUUGGAGCUGCCCCACCCCAGGCCUGCUGGAUGUGUUGGGUUCUGGAUGCUCUUCAGCUGUCUGUCACACUUAACUCUUGCACCUCCGUGUCCGCACCAUAGCUGGUUUCUACUUAUGUAUAUAAAGGGGGGCGGGGGGAGGGCUUCUUUGGGGUAAUUGAUAAAGGAAGGACUCUAGUGACACCAUGAAAGAAUGACAUGGAAGAAGUUGCAAGAUGAGGUCCACGAGAGACUGCAAACGAGAUCCAGAUGGUGAGGCUUCCUUUCUAAAAAGAAAAAGGUUGAGCAUAUUGAUCAGCCUGAGAAAACGGUCCUCUUGAAAGAAGCCACACAGUGGAUCUUGUUUUCUCAUUAGAUCCCAUGGAAUGUAUGAUGCUUACGGCAAAUCCUCAGGCUACUCUUGGCUGCGAAAAGUCCCCUGGGCACUAAUUGAACCCAGUGAGUGCCUCUUGGCAUGAGGAGAGUAGAGAGAUUGGAAGGGAGGAAGCGUUUGUGGAAUCCCGAGUCCAUGCGAACCCUGCAGGCCAAAUAGAGGUCUAGCCUUUAAUGAUAUUAGUCAAAGACGAUUUUAGCAAAGCUGUGCUAUUUGCUUGUCAGAUGUACACAACUUCCUUAAAAUGUCUGCCUUCAGUUCCCUUAAGGUAGUUCUUGCCUCUGGGGUGAGCAGCUUUCCAAGCCCCUAUUUGCUUUUCCAGCUCCUCAGCCCCUUCACACAUUCGACAUACCAGUUCUUUUCAGUAGGUCACUGUAAGCCAUGCUGUUAGACUGUUUUUAGUUUCAGGCUCAGCCUGAGCACAUUUGUUUAAAGAAGGAUAUACUGUAUAUAUAUAUGGAAGGAAAGGCCACGUUUUAUACCUGUUCAUUUUUGUGGGAUGUCGUUUGCAUUUCUCUUUGUGAGAUACAGGGAGAAUGCAACAUAGAGAAUCUCAGCUGGCGACGGCACAGAUCAGUAUUGGGAGUGCUUCUGAAGAUCCCACUUCUUUGUUUCAGGGGUUAAAUGGGCAGACAAUUGCAAUACUUGUACUAAACACUGGAAUACGAAUGCAUGAGUCAUAUCUAUAUAUACAGUAUAUGUACAUAUACUGUUCUUGGUUUUAUUGUUCCAUUUGAAUAUUUCUACUGUAAAAAAAAAAGACAGUGGUUUUGAAAUUGUUGAAAAUAAAUGUAUUUUUGUACAUCAAAGCUA